AUGUCGUUGGUCCUCUGGAUGCGGAGGACUACCGCAGUAAGCUGGGAGGGACUGUUUUGCCCGACCUGGCCUGUCCUGAAAAGUGUCGAUGCGAGGGACCCGGUUGACUGUUUCAACCAGAAGCUGGCCAAGAUACCUGAGCAGGCAUCCCUCAAUACACACAGGAUCUGUGAGUUAGGAAUGCCUGAGCACAUCGCUCAGUACACACAGGAACUUCGUCUGAACAACAAUGAGUUUUCAGUGCUGGAGGCGACCGGAUUCUUUAAGAGGCUGCCUCAGCUCAAGAAGAUUAACCUCAGUAACAACCGUAUCAGUGACAUAGAGGAGGGGACAUUUGAAGGAGCGACAGGAGUCAAUGAGUUGAUUCUGACUUCUAACAGACUGGAGAACAUCCAGCAGGGCAUGUUACAGGGUCUCAACGGACUACGCACACUUAUGUUGAGGAGUAACCGUAUUAGGUGUGUCAGUAACAGCAGCUUUGUGGGUCUGAGUUCUGUCAGACUGCUGUCACUCUACGACAACUUGAUCACCUCUAUGACCCCGGGAGCCUUCGACACACUACACGCGCUGUCCACACUGAACCUGCUGGCCAAUCCCUUCAACUGUAACUGCCACUUGGCAUGGCUUGGUGAUUGGCUGAGGAGGAAGCGUAUCGUCACGGGCAACCCCCGCUGUCAGAACCCUUACUUCCUGAAAGAGAUCCCUAUACAGGAUGUAGCCGCACAGGACUUCACCUGCGACGACG